GAUGAACCAAAGACAUUUACUACCUACUGUAAUUACAAAUAGAAAUUUACUCAAUAUAAUUGAAAAUUUUUGAUGUCGUGUGACAUAAAAUGUGAUUAAAUUUGCAUCAAUUUUAAAGUGCAUUAAAAAUAUUUAAGAAUAACCGAAUGGUAAAUGUGUAAUAUCAAAUUACAUUGAGCCAUAUUGUGGAGACCUCAAAAAGAUUUAAAUUUUUAUCUUUUCACUACAAAUAGAGAAGGUAAACAUGAGUCAACUUUAAAUGCAAUUGAAGAGUUGACACAUGAAGGUUAGUGUGGCGGAAUCAGUGCAAUAGUUUCAUGAUGUAUAAUAAAACAUUAACAAUAUUCAACAAUAAUAUCCAAGAGAUUGUAUUGAAUCUCAAAGAUACCUGCUUGGAGAAAGUUCUUUAUUAUCGUGAUGAAGGAAAUAUGAAUAUAGUGCUAAGCGUUUAUGCACAGGAGAAUGAGGAAAAGUACGUCAUUCGGUUUAAGAAAAUAUCAUCUGAUUCUACCGAACGGAACUGUAACGAUCAUAAACAUGAGCUCAUGUCCUUCAUCGUUUUCGAAGAAUUACUGCAAAAGUACUUUGAUCACUUUACCGUCGUGCCAAAAAUAGUUUUCGUAGAUGUCGACAUAAACGCAUUGAAUGAAUUUCUAAUGCGUGACCGACCCGCUGUACGAAGGAAGAAAAUUAUUGGAUAUAACUAUGGGCUUGUUUAUCGAGAUGUGGCAUUUUUACCGAAAGAAAUUUACAUCGGUAAGCCUAUGAAUGGCGAGUUCAAGGAUUCACCAACGAUUUGCAUUGAAAUAAAAGUUAAGCAAGGUUAUAUGAUGGAUGAAGAUAUCAGCACGCGAAGUUAUGAGACAAAAAAGUGUCGCUAUUGUUAUUUCCAGUAUUUAAAACUAAAGACAACUAAAAUUUCCAAUAUUUCACAAUACUGCCCAAUCGAUUUAUUCUCAGGCAAAGCUGACCGAAUGAAUCGUGCAAUAAAAGGACUUUUUGAAAACCCUCAAAAUAAUCUGAAAAUGUUUCAAGACGGUAAAAUGGUCUACAAUGAAUAUUCGCCUGAUAAAGUCUUACUAAAGCGUAUAAUGAAAAGCCUUUUUCCGGAUGCGAAAAGUGUGGAUAAGCAGGAAUCGUUACUAAUAAAUUUAAUACGCAGGACUUUAAUUAAAGAUUUUACUUGCUGUGAUAUGAAUGUUGAUGUCUAUUCUACAUAUGAGUGUGAUGAAGAUGUUCACCUUAGGAAUUGUCAUGCUGAAAAAUUUCCCCAACUUCCGAAGAAUUGCAUUUUGUAUAGUAUUUUAAAAGCACAGCAUUUAGUGAGAGAUAAUUUUUCUAUUAUGGAGUAUCUUGAAGAUAAUAUUAAUUGUGAAGAUGGCUAUGGUCAAAUCAUACAAGACUAUAGGAUGGGAAGCACAGCUUUAGAUUGUUCUGUUAUGAUCACUUUUCGUCAAAUCAAUGUUAAUGAGGAUUUCAAUAUUGAGAGUGAUAAAGUUUUCGAUAAAAGAAAUUACAUGAAGCUAACAGGACCAACAGGAUAUUCGCAUCAUUUUAUUUCAAACGUUACAGUUGUUGACCUAGAUGAAAAGAAAGACUCGUUUGCACAUUUUCAUAAAUAUAAGAAACAAUACCAGGAAAGUAAAAUUGCAUAUUUGGAAUACAUAAACAGUAUGCAACAUGUUGCGUAAUUUAUUUUAAUUUAUUCAUAUUUUAUACACACAUAAAAAAAGAGUACAAUAGAUGGAAAUUGGAAAAAAGACAAAUUUUUAUACACAAUAAAAUAAGCUAUGAGUUUCCAAAAAAAA